GUCACACUCGCAUAUCUUUAUUUCUGACCGUAAACUUGAUUAUCUCGCAAGUUGUAUUGCUAUAUCACGAAUCACGUUAUAUUCAUAUUUCAUUUGCGGUGGUAAAUAUCAAAUACGGAUGGAGUGGAGUGAAGAAGUUAGGAAUAACUCAUAAAGUAGUAAUUAAAAAGUUAGGGUGGGUUUUCCUAGAGUUUGUAAAGUUAUAGUUUAAUUUAUAAACACACUGCGAUUAUAGGACUAAAGCUAGUGUAAGAGGGAAAAGUUCGUAUAAUGCUAAAUAACUGGACUAAACACAUUUUACAUUGUUGCUUGUUAGCAACUGUCAUCUUAGUAUUUGAGUUUGUAUCUGGUGGCCUACAUUGGGGACCAAGAGACCAAGAACAAUUGGAUCCAUGGAUUCAAUACGGUUUUGUUGGUGCAGUCACUCUUUACCUUCUAAGAACUUUAACGUUUCUAUCAUUCCCUCAAGUUUUGUUCAAUUUUAUUGGACUGACUAUAUACAAUGCUUUUCCUGACAAAGUUGAUCUCAAAGGUUCACCGUUACUCGCACCAUUUAUUUGUAUUAGGGUCGUGACGCGUGGUGAUUAUCCUCAAUUAGUCAAAACUAAUGUUAAUAAAAAUUUGAAUAAGUGCAUUGAUGCUGGUUUGGAAAACUUUCAAAUAGAAGUAGUGAGUGAUAAACCAAUUGGAUUAGCAUCCCAUCGAAGAAUAAGAGAAGUUGUUGUGCCUCCAACUUACAGAACAAGUAGUGGAGCACUGUUCAAAGCAAGAGCUUUGCAAUACUGCUUAGAGAAUUCAGUAAAUGAAUUGGCAGAUCAUGACUGGAUCGUUCAUUUAGAUGAAGAAACUCUACUUACUGAAAAUUCCAUUAGAGGAAUUCUUAAUUUUGUUUUUGAUGGUAAAUAUCAAUUUGGACAAGGCCUAAUUACUUAUGCCAACGAAGAUGUAAUCAAUUGGAUCACCACUUUAGCUGAUAGUUUUCGGGUAGCAGAUGAUAUGGGAAAACUUAGAUUGCAGUUCACCAUGUUUCACAAACCUCUCUUCAGUAUGAAAGGUUCUUAUGUUGUUACACAGAUGGGUGCUGAAAAACAAGUAUCAUUUGAUAAUGGCUUAGAUGGGUCAGUAGCAGAAGAUUGCUUCUUUGCUAUGAAAGCAUUUUCUCAAGGCUAUACUUUCAAUUUCAUUGAUGGAGAGAUGUGGGAAAAAUCACCAUUUACUCUAUGGGAUUUUGUUCAACAGCGUAAACGAUGGCUGCAAGGAAUAUUACUUGUUGUUCAUUCUAAGGCAAUUCCAUUGAAGACAAAACUAUUACUUGGAAUAUCUUGCUACUCGUGGGUAACACUCCCUUUAUCUACAUCAAAUAUUAUUCUUGCUGGUCUUUGUCCCAUUACCUGCCCUCCCAUUAUGGAUUUCUUAUGUGCUUUUAUUGGCGCUGUAAAUAUUUACAUGUAUGUAUUUGGAGUUGUAAAGUCAUUCUCGCUCUAUCGUUUUGGCGUUACGCGAUUCAUGCUUUGUAUAUGCGGCGCAUUAUCAACUAUACCUUUCAACUUGUUCAUUGAAAAUGUAGCAGUAAUAUGGGGCUUAUUUGGUAAGAAACAUAAGUUUUAUGUUGUAAAUAAGGAAUUAAAACCAGCAGUCAAUGUCUGAUAUUUAAUUUACAAACAGUCACUAGUUAGACAUUGUAAGAGCCACACUACUUAUAUUUCUGGAUAUAAUUUUACUCAAGUGAUAUCAUUAAUUAUAAGAAAAUUAGAAUUAAUGGUUACAAUAUUAUUUAAAUGGUCUUCGUGUCUAUAAUGCACUCUAUAAAUAUGUAUUAUACAUUUUGUUGAAAUACAAAUUUUCAUUUUUUAUUCUAUAGUAAUAGUGUCAAUAACUAAAACUUUAAAAUUUUAUUUUAUAUACAGAAUUAAAUAUUUGAAAAAUCUUUACGUUUAUUCAAGCUUAGAACAUAAACAAAUAGUAGACAUUGAUAAAGUAAAAAGACCAGAAAUGCAAAAGACGUGGGAAAAAUAAUUGUUUUUCUCAUUUUAUUCCAUUUUAUUUUAGAAUAACAAAAAAAUGUACGUUUCUUUCAACAAAAGUUAAAAUUUAAGUCUGCAUGUUUAAAUUAGAUGCAAGUUUUAAUAAAAAUACAGUAUUUAAUCUUUUUCAACAAAAAUUUUAUUGCAUGUUAAUCAAAUAAAAAAGUUAAAAUUAGUAAAACGAGAAAUAAUUAGUUAUUUGGUAUUGAAGUGCUUUGAUACGUUUGAUUGAAUCUAUCAAGUAGAUUAUAAAAUAACAAAUGCUUUUUAAUCCAUAAAAUAUUUGUGUUCUUGAAUGCUUAAUAACUCUUAAAAAUAUGAUACAUUAUAAGUCUAAUUAUAGUAUGACAAUCACUCUCUUUGGACGUAGUAUUAAUUUAGUUUUUAAAUUUACUUCAAUAUAUAUAUAUAUAUAUAUAUAAUAGCUCCUACAUAUAUACAUAUGCAAUAUGAAAUUUCAGAUUUAUUCAACAAAAAAUGCUAUGUAAAUUAAAGUGGGUCCAAAGAAAUUAUCUAAAGCUUUUUUAUAAUGUAGUAAAGUAUGUAUUUUAAUUGUCACGUUGCUUAAAAUGAAAAAGUACAAUAGCCAUAAAUCUUCGUAAAAUAAUUUCAUUGACAACGAUCAUUUUUGUUAAGAUAAGAAAUUGAAAGCUUUAGGUAGUUGAUGGUGUCUAGUCAGUACAGCGCAUAUAGAAGUGAUUUUUGCUACAGAAAAUUUGUACAACAGUAUUAUAAAAAAAUCCAUAAAAGUCUAUACUCUGCACUGUUACAAUUUCACUUUGAACAAUUUUUAAUUUAAGGUAACUUUUUAGAAUAAGCAUCAGUGACCACAUAAUUCUUCCUGAUUAAAAAUUUUAUUUUUCUGUAAAUUAGAUAAAUUAAAUCCCUUAAGUGUAGUAAUGAAGAUGAUAUUUACCAAAGUUGUUUUUUAUUUUUGAGCAUCAUAUGUUCUACUAAUAUACACUUUAGAAUGCAUUAAAGAUUUUAAUAUUGAAUUGUACAAUACAAAUAUCUAUACAAAGCCACGAAGUUGCACGAUUUCUGUAUAGAAAUUUCGUAUAAAAUAUAGUGGAUCUACUAGACACAAGCAUAAUUUAAAGCUUUUGAACCUUUAACGGUGAAUUCCAAGAUUGACAGGCAUGAAAUAUACAUGUGCAUAAAAAACAUACAGCGUUACAUUUAAUUCAAUGAUUUACAAUCAUUUGCGCUAUAUUUUAUUAUGUGUUUAUCUCAACAAGAGAUAAUAGUUUUUAACUUAUAAUAAUUGUGAGGGAAACAAUGAUUGUUUGUUAAAGUUGAAACUGUAUAUAAACUAAGUAGUAGUAUAUACACUAUCGUAACUUCUUUAACAAAUAAUCCGUUCUUAUUUUGUAAUUUCGUUGUAAUAAACGUAAAUAUUUAAGCUUUUUUUAAAUAUUUUAUACCUAUAUACCUACUAUCUUUAUUCAAAAUGUAAAAACAAUGAUUGAGGACAUGUUCUUAUAAGUUAUUGUAUUGAAAUUGUUUCUCAAAUUAGCUUAUAAUUGUUUGAGGAGCUUAAGUAUUAAGGAUUUUUUUCCAACAAAAAACAAUUGAGAAAAAUAAUUUGUAUGUCUUAUGUACAUAUGUAUGUAAGGAUUUUGU